AACUCACGAGACAUCCCUGAAAAAACUCUCUGCUUUGAGAAAAAUUCAUGUAAACUGCUUUUAUUUCAGAUGACUAUUACAGAAAAAAGUUAUGGCAAUUUCACAAGACAACAACUCUCUUUCUUUCUUGGAAAAAUUUGCACUUUCAUGAGCCUUCUUCUUCUUUACUAAAUCAAUUUUACUUUUUCCAUUUCUGUUUUUUGUAACUUGCAAAUCUUGAUGAGCUUUUUCCAUUUCUGUUUCUUGUAACUUGCAAGACUUGAUAGAUAUAUGAAAGUUCAUGACUUAUUUUUAACUUUACCUUUUGCAAUCCAUGUUUGUUGAACCAGUUCAUGCAUUUCUUGAAAUUCAUGCACACACUCAGAAGAUCAAAAACACAAACACCCUUUGGAAAAAUGUCUCUAUCUUGACGAUUUUCGACAUCUUUUUAGGCUGAAAUAAGUGAAAAAACAUUUGAUCUUUUUAACCAAUUUUUACUUUCUUCCUUAUCUGUUUGUAGUACAACUUGUAGAAGUCUUGAUGGGCUUUUUUCUUCUUUGGAGAUUAACUCAUCUUUCCUUCUUCUUUGAUAGAUAUAUGAAUGAAGUUCACUUGUUUUUAACUUAUACCCUUUGAUAUCCAUGUCUCUUGAAAUCAGUGCACGCAUUAAGAAGAUCAAAAAACACCCUUUUCAAAGUGUAUUUUUAGGCUGAAACAAGUGAACAAGAUUUGAUCUCUAACCAAUUUUUGGUUUAUGUCAAUGGCUACUUCUUGUUAACACUUUCCAACAUCUUGAAAAAAGAUUUGAUCAUUAACCAACAAUUGGUUUCUAUUUCAAUGGCUACUUCUUUUUAACACCUUCCACCAUCUCUUUAGGCUGAAACAAGUGAAAAAAAUUUGAUGUUUUAACCAAUAAUUGGUAUUCUAUUCUUGUUAACACUUUCCAACAUCUUUUUAGGUGAAAAAGACUUGAUCUUUAACCAAAUAAUUUGUUUCUAUUUCAAUGGCUUCUUCUUGUUUCAAUCCGUUUAGGCUGCGAAGGUCGAAGAGCAAUCAAUUAUCAGUUCCACCAUCAUCAUCAAGAAGACAGUGGAAUUCAGCAAAUAUAGAGAGUAUGGAGAAGAAGAGAUUUGACAGUUUAGACUCAUGGUCAAUGAUAUUGGACUCUGAUAAUGUUGAGACUUGGGAAACUUCAAAGGAGGAUCAAAAAGAAGAAUGGAUAGCUGAUUUAUCUCAGCUUUUUAUUGGUAAUAAAUUUGCAUCAGGUGCACAUAGCAGAAUUUAUAGAGGAAUUUACAAGCAAAGAGCAGUUGCUGUGAAAAUGGUGAGGAUUCCAACUCAUAAGGAGGAGACUAGAGCUAAGCUUGAACAACAGUUCAAGUCUGAAGUUGCUUUGCUUUCUAGACUCUAUCAUCCCAAUAUAGUGCAGUUCAUUGCCGCCUGUAAGAAGCCUCCGGUAUAUUGUAUCAUCACAGAGUACAUGUCACAAGGGACACUGAGGAUGUACCUCAACAAGAAAGAGCCAUAUUCACUCUCAACAGAGACAAUUCUGAGGCUAGCCCUCGAUAUAUCGCGAGGAAUGGAGUAUCUUCAUGCACAAGGGGUGAUCCAUAGAGACCUGAAAUCGAGUAAUUUACUCUUAAAUGAUGAGAUGCGUGUUAAGGUCGCGGAUUUUGGCACGUCGUGUCUUGAAACGCAGUGCAGAGAGGCCAAAGGUAAUAUGGGAACAUAUCGAUGGAUGGCACCGGAGAUGAUAAAGGAGAAACCGUAUACGCGGAAAGUUGAUGUUUACAGUUUUGGGAUUGUGCUGUGGGAACUCACAACAGCUUUGUUACCAUUUCAAGGAAUGACACCAGUACAGGCUGCUUUUGCUGUUGCUGAAAAGAAUGAACGACCACCCAUGCCAGCGAGUUGUCAACCCGCGCUUGCACAACUCAUAAAGCGUUGUUGGGCCGCUAACCCUUCAAAGAGGCCAGAUUUCACGUACAUUGUAUCUGCUCUAGAAAAGUAUGACGAAUGUGUCAAGGAAGGGCUUCCGAUGACCCUUCAUUCAGGGCUAGUUAGUCGGAACGCCAUUAUUGAACGCUUGAAAGGCUGUGUAUCCAUGAGUUCUUCAUCUAUAUCUGUAAAUGUCUGAAUCUUUAUCAAUCAAUAAUAAUUCUUAGUCAUUAUAUAGUA